AUAGUAUUAUGCAAGUGUUGUAUAUCCUUACUGACCUUCUGCCAAUUUGUUCUAUUAGUUACUAAGCUCCCUACACAGAAGCAUGUACUAAGUUUCAAGUAAGAGGCAUGGACAUCAUAACUGCUAUGUUUGCAAGAACAGGCCCCUAGAGGCUGGGGUGAUCAUGGAGGAGGGACUUGGAACUCAGCUCUCAAAAAAGAUCACCCUAACCGCCCGUCAUGACUGCUGCGGAAGUUACGUCUGAUAAAGCAGAAGGUCGCAUAUUAGAGAUCACCAAGCAAGAUUUUUUUCAAGAAGCAAAAACUCUCAUUGCCCAACAUUAUGAGAAAGUAAAUGAGAAUAAAGUUCAAAGUACUUCUAUAAAUGUUUUUAGAAAUAAACAUCAAAAACCAAAAUCUGUAAAAUUCAUACCUUUGGAGAUUAAAAAAAAGGAAACACUUGAUGGGGUCCAAGAACUUUGGACGGCACACAAAAAGAUUUGUUUUCCCAAACACCUGUUCAAAAGGGAACAUUUUGAGGAGACCCCUCAACAAACUUCUUUUAAGGAGCCAUGCAUGUUUAGUGUAAAGGAAAAAUUCAAGGACUCGAUGGAUCUAAUUGCAAAAGAACAAGUUAAACUGGGUAAAAUAGUGACUAAUAUUGAAUCAGUGAGUAAAAAAAUGGAGAAAGAAAAGCAUCAGCACCAUGUUAAGUCCAGAUUGUUGGUCUCACCAUAUGCUGUCCCCAUCAACUUUGGCUUGCCCUUACAACCCAUGACCACCUCUUCCAUGGGACUUCCGAAAGAACAUGAUAAAACAUUCUACGAUUGGAGAGGAAUUAUGUCAACAAAGCCUUCCCGUUUGACUCCUGACUCCAGCUGGCCUAGUUUGUGUGGGCCCUCAUCAAUGUUUCGGGAUUACCGUUCUAAAACCUUACUGAAGAAAGAGCAACAGCCUAUCCAACCGGAACCAAAGCCACCCAGGUCAAAAUCUAUUCUAACUAAAAGUGGUAAACUUGACAAUAAAGUUAAAAGAAUUGGACCACACAUAGAAAUCUUCCAAGUGUUCCGGGAAAGGAACAAAUUCAUAAAUACCAAAAAAAUAGUGAAAAUGAUCACCAUCAUGCAGGCCUAUGUCAGAGGGUGGCUGGAACGCAGAAGAUACCAGAGAAUAAUGAUCAAGGCUUUGCAUCAUGGACCAAAUUUGAGAGCAGUUAUAAACAUGUAUCAUAGACUAAUCCAUCGUGUUAAAUAUCGACUUGGUCUGUGGAGGACAAGACAAGUUAUAAACUUUGUAGAGCUGGAGGAAUGGAUGGACAGAAAAAAAUUCUAUGAAACAAUGUUUGCUAAGAGAGAAGAUUGGCAAGGAUUGGAAAGAAGCGAGCUCCUUAAAUUCUUCAAUGAGUGUGGUCAUUUCCCAAUCCAGCAGCAAAUUGAUGAAGUUUGGGACCUGGUCCAUAAAGAAGACCGUGACAGAUAUUCUCAACUCCUCAAGAAGUACAAUGCGAUUGAAAUGUUAUUUACACUCUAUCCUCCUCAAGGUGCCCAUGUGUGUAAAAAUAUACAACUUAGGUCAACUUGGCUGAGACCCAUAGUAAAUGGGGAAGAAGGAUAUAAAUAUAUAGGCUUGUUUAAUAUAGCUCCAGAGAAAAAAAAAAUUGGAAUGAUGAAGCAGAAGAUAACAAGGCAGUGUUCAUUCAGCAUACAAAGAAAGUUGGAAUUUGCCAGAAAGGGACAAACUAUCUUGGGAAAGGAAGAAAGUCAGAAAGAUCCAACGGAAGAAGUGGGGCAGGAGAACAAGUAGGAAGCAAGACAAAUUAUGCAUUAGCAAGUCUCUUGGUGACC